AGCAGCAGCAACAACAACACAGGAAUAAACAAAAACCACAAAGAAGUGGGUAAACUUAAAGAAAGCCUCUUUCGGUGGCACGUAGAUAAUAUGGGUCCCAUAUCCAGCGUGUCAUUGCGCAGUCUCAAUCCUCAGCCCCCAGUUUUCUUUGAAAUUGUUUUGUUCGUAAAUCACCAUCAUCAUCUCCAUGCCCUGCUCCGUCUUCCUUCUUUUCAUAGUUUUGGAUCUUCGCUCGAUUCUCUCUUCAUUAUCUGAUUAAUUAAAUCCAUUCUUGGUUCUCUCCAUUUUAUUCUCUUUAUUCUUUUAUAUCGUUUUCUCCAUUCUCUUUCGUCUUCCCUUUCUUUUCUUGUCAAUUUCUAUGAUUUACCGGAUCUAAUUACUUUCUAUAUUCAAAUUUAUUUUCCUAUCUAGAUCUAAUUAUAUGAAAUAGAUUCAUCCAAUUGCUUUGCUAUUUUCAAAGUUCGGUACGUUUGUUUAUUGGAUUUGUGAGUUUCUUUUUAAUUAAUCUCGACUUUACCUCAGAUUUCUCUCUUGAAAAUUAACUGUAUGCUUACAUUGUUGUAUGGGUACGAUCUAUAUUAGUUCAACUGUAUUAAAAUCUUAUAAAGUUCAAUCCUUUUUUGUAUUUUGAGUUUCUGGGUUGUUUUCAAAAUCAAAAAAAUAAAAUAAAAAUGGUGACAGUUAAUUUAGGAAUGCUUCAUUAUGUUCUCGACCAUAUUUAUGGAGCAUUAAUGCAUAGGAGCAAAUUAAGCCCACCGUUUUUCUCCAGAGGAUGGGGUGGUUCAAAGCUUGAGCUUUUGGAAAGAAUGAUUAAGCAGCUAUUUCCUGAAUUAGAGGGUCAGAAUUGGCCUCCAAGUUUGAUACAACCCAUUUGGAGAACAGUUUGGGAGACCAGAACUGCUUGUUUAAGAGAGGGAGUGUUUAGGACACCUUGUGAUGAGCAACUUCUUAGUGCAUUGCCCCCUGAGAGUCACACUGCAAGGGUUGCUUUUCUUGCCCCUAAAUUUGUUCCUCCACAGAAGAUGGCCUGUGUGGUUCAUCUUGCAGGAACCGGGGACCAUACUUUUGAACGUAGAUUGCGACUUGGUGGGCCAUUGUUGAAGGAAAACAUUGCAACCAUGGUAUUGGAAAGCCCUUUCUAUGGACAAAGACGCCCUAUGCUGCAAACUGGUGCAAAACUCUUGUGUGUUAGUGACUUGCUUUUAUUAGGUAGAGCAACUAUUGAUGAGGCACGAAGUCUUUUGCACUGGCUAGAUUGUGAGGCAGGGUUUGGCAAGACGGGCGUUUGUGGACUUAGCAUGGGGGGAGUUCAUGCUGCAAUGGUUGGAUCACUACAUCCCACACCUGUUGCAACCCUUCCUUUUCUCUCCCCACAUUCUGCUGCUGUGGCAUUCUGUGAGGGGAUACUAAGGCACGGUACUGCCUGGGAGGCACUGAGGGAGGAUCUUGCAGUGCAAAAGGCUGCAAUAACUCUCCAGGAGGUGCAAGAACGGAUGCGAAAUGUAUUGUCUCUCACAGAUGUCACGCGCUUUCCAAUUCCCAAAAGUCCCAAUGCUGUCAUUUUUGUUGCUGCAACUGAUGAUGGUUACAUACCGAAGCAUUCUGUUUUGGAGCUUCAAAAGGCUUGGCCAGGAUCAGAGGUGAGAUGGGUUACUGGAGGGCAUGUAUCAUCCUUCCUUCUGCACAAUGGCGAGUUUCGUAAGGCAAUUGUCGAUGGACUUAGCAGAUUAGAGUGGAAGGAAUCUCAAGUGUAACAUAUUGAUGAAGACCACAUUUGUUUUUUCUUUAGGUAAUCAUAUUCGGCCAUUAUUCUUGACAAACUUGUAAAUGUACCAUAACUUAUAUCUCAGAACGCCCCUUGAGAGGCAAAAACAAAGGGGGUGUUUUGUGAAUGAAUUACUUUGUUUCUCUUGAAGGGAACUUUACCAUUUUCUUUUC